CUGUGGGCUGUGUUUUUAGUUUAUACUUCACAGUUUUAUUUAAUCUAUGAUAUUACUUCAUUUUUGUUUUUCAUUUAUUAAAUGCCAAAUGGUAGAGAAUAUUUAAGUUGUCAUGAAUUGCUACAGUACAAUUCAGCAUUACAUACAUAGUUUGUAAAUAUUAAGAUUAUGAAGAUAAUAGAUUCGAUCAUUAGCAAGAUUAAGUUGGUCUAGUUCGACGCUCAGUCUUCUUGAAUAGAAAGUAAAUAGUAUUUGAUAAAAAAUAAAAGUUACUAUUUUGUACCGAUCAAAGAAGUUGAUGAUAGCCGAACGAACAUAACUAUUUCGCCGAAUGUCAAAAUCGAUGAGCGUAGCGUGUUAUCCGCCCAGCUGAGGAGACUAUGCCAGAAUUUGAUCAACAUAAACAGCAGUGUCUGGACCUAAAGGCAAUGGAAACACUCGAUCGGUCAUCACCAGAACUCUGGCCUGAACCCAUGCCAGGUAUGUCCGGUUUCGCUCAACAUAUUCGUGCAACCACUGCAACUGAUAAACAACCAUCUUGGAAGCAACCACCAGAUGCACAUGACAUGAUAUUAGUACAACGCUAUAGUCAAAUGCCAUUGCCACCCCUUUUAGACGAGUUAAAAUCGCUUUAUGAUUUUGCUUACAAUUUAGGCUUAGAAGAAGCCAAAGAAAUGACUCGUGGUAAAUACUUGAAUAUAUUUACUCGUAGUGUAAAAAAAUCUAUUGAUUAAGCGAAAAUACUCAUUUAUUAAUUCAGUUGUAAAAAAAUUUUAUCAAUGUUCAUUUUAAGUUAUAAAUGAAUAUGAGUUUUAAAUUUCUGUGUAAGAUAUGUAACAAAUUGUUUAAAAAUUUGAAUUUGAAUAAUAACUUAAUGUUUUUACCUAAUAAAUAAAACAUCUAAACUCAUUUUUA